AUGACCAACAUUAUGGAUGAUCCAUUAACAGCUGGCCCCGAGUUCACGUCGAAGCCUGUAGGUCGAGCCCAAGGCAUGUAUUCUACUUCCUCUAUGGAGGAAUUAAGUUUAGUCUGUGCCAUGAAUUUCAUUUUCACUGAUGACAAGUACAAUGGCAGUACUAUAACCAUUUUUGGUAACAAUCCGAUUCUCCAACAGCGUAGAGAGCUCCCGGUUAUUGGAGGAACUGGUGUCUUUCGAAUGGCAAGCGGAGUUGCCAUGUUGAAUACCAUCUACUUUGAUGUUGCUGGUGGAAAUGCAACGGUUGAGUACAAUGUUAUGCUCCAGCAUUAUUAA